AUGCUGAAAUUUAUUCUUAUAGUAAACAAACAAGGGCACACAAGAUUAUCACAAUAUUAUGAGUAUACUAAGAUAGAAGACAGAGUCAGUUUAGAGGCGGAGAUCAUAAGAAAGUGCCUCGCACGAAGCGAGAAUCAGUGCUCAUUCAUCGAAUACCAGAACUUCAAAGCAGUCUACAGAAGAUACGCAUCCUUGUAUUUUAUCAUAGGGAUCGAUUCAACAGAGAAUGAGCUUGGUAUUAUGGAAUUCAUUCACAACUUUGUGGAAAUCUUGGACAGAUAUUUUGAGAGUGUGUGUGAGCUGGAUAUAAUGUUUAACAUCGACAAGGUUCAUAUGCUUCUAGACGAGAUGGUUAUGAAUGGGCAUAUUGUGGAAACAAACAAAAACAGAGUCCUGGCCCCGGUCACUGAGCUAGACCGGCUAGCAAGCUAGCCAUUGGGAUACCUGUGGGCACAGGGGGAUCAUGAACAGGCAUAUUGAAGAAACAAACAGAAACAGAGUCCUGGCACCCAUCACUGAGCCAGACCGGCUAGCAAGCAAGCCAUUGGGAUACCUGUGGGCACAGGGGGAUCAUGAACAGGCAUAUUGAAGAAACAAACAGAAACAGAGUCCUGGCACCCGUCACUGAGCCAGACCGGCUAGCAAGCUAGGUAUCAGGAUAGCUGUGGACACAAGAACAAUAGAAGAAUAGAUUCUUGCCACCCCUUUAAGGGCAGCUGUCAUUGAGAUAUCUGUGGGGACAGGGAGAAAGCGAACAAGAACUGAGUCCUGUAAACUGUCACUGAAUUAGGUUGACUAGCAAGCCAGGCAUCAGGAAACCUGUGUAAACAGGGAGGCCAUGAAUGGGACUAAAAAAUGUUUGAACCUAAACUUUACUAAAAGUGCUUGAAAUGAGGUUAUUUUCUAAAAAAAGUAAAAUACCAAAAAACCAUUGGCAAAAUAUCAAAUUUAUAUUUUAAUAAAAUAUUAAAUUAUUUCUCCAAAUGUAAAUAAUUUGUUGAGAGGGUCAAUUUAGCUUUUUUUCCUUGUGCGCAUGGGAUAUUUCCAAGAAGAGAAAAUAUCAGGGUCUUUUUCUC